AUUUAAGAAAGGGAUCUUGUUUUAGUGGAUUUGUUUACAUCCUUAUGUUUCGUAUUUGAAUAAUGAAGCAGCAUGACAAAAAGGAAAAUGGCAGAUAGAAAAGUUUUACAGCUUCUGUACCUUUUAUAUGAUGUGUGUAAAGACUGUUUGGAAGAAUUCUUCAAAUACAACUGUUUACAUGAUGACCCAACAGAUGAAAAACUCACAAAAUACGUGAUAGAGCACAAAAAUCAACUUUUUCAUCAUCUGAGGAAUUCUUGCUGUCACACGUGUGCUAAUAAUCAAAAAAGCUGCGCACAAGGUAGUAAAAAAUUAUUUCAAAACUUGUUUACAUUUCCGGAGGAUUUUUCAGUGUCCGACGCCAACAAUGCUCCUUUCAAGAAAAUUAAGUUGAAUGAUCUAGAUAUAUGGACAGUGCAGUAUUUGUUACUAGCAGACAAUUUAGAGCCUGAACACCAUAAGUGGAUUAAAACAUUAUACGAAAAAAGACAUGCUGUUUCACUGCAUUUUGAGACGAUAAGUGAUGACAAUUUUGAAAGUAUAUGGAAUGAAACAAGAGACAUAGUUUUAGAUAUUCUACGAUCGUUGAAUAACCGACAGUAUGAAAAAGCUGUCGGAAAGCAGUUGUCACUCUUAAAAAUGACUGGUCCAGAGUUGUAUGGAAAUGAGGAAUAUUGGUGUAUGAUGCAAAAGGAGUUCAAUAUCGAGCGAAGACCGCAUCUUGAUACAACUUUGCCUACUCCAGGUUUUCAAAAUGAUACUGAAAUGGACGAAAAUAUAAAUAACAAUUUCGAGAAAUCAACAGUCAUCAAUAUACAAGCUGAGAAUUUUGUUGUCGGACAUAACAACGUUAUCAACAAUGUUUUGGAUCCAGCGGUCAAACGUGAACUUGAAGCAAUGAUUGAAAAUCGUGAUCGAGUUCUGUUAGAGAAAAUUGGACAGAUGUACGUGGUUGCACACGUUAAAAAUUCGACAAAGACAUAUGAUGAAACAAUCAAAAGCGAUAUACAUAAUGAUGGUAUCGAAACAGGCCUAGGCCAAAGGGCAACAUCAAGUUCGUGCACAACAAAAGAGCGAAAAGAUUACCGCGCUGUAUGGAAAAUAAAGACGAAAGACGAUACAGACAAAAAGAAGUUAGAAGAAAUAGCCAAAUAUAUAGAGCAAACAAAAGUGAUCGAUGAAAACAUAACUAUAGAAUAUGUUCAAAGUGGUUCAAUUAUUAUUGGAACAUUAAUUUCCGCCAAUGCUGUAGAACAUUCAGAUCUCUUUGAUCUAACAAUUCGACGGUUUAUACGGAUGAUAAUCAAAAAGUGUAAAUUUAACACGAAAUUUGAACAUGUUCUUAAAGUUGAUGUAACUUUGACGCCAUCAUCAGAAUGUAUUAAAGAUACUGAAAUAUCGGUUGAUGAAGAACAACGUUCAGUUACGACUUCAUCUUUAAAAAUGACGAAAAGCCAUGAGAAAAGCACACAGACAAACGAUUUAGAAAGUAGAUUAGAGAAAACAAAGAGUGACUAUGUGAAGAUGUACGCAGGUCUAUCGACUGUAAAUUUAACGGAAUCAAUGAUGUCUAAAAGAGUUGAUACAAUUGGAAACCGAACUUUCUAUGAAAAAGUAGACGAAAAGGAAAUUUUAUAUGCGGAAUUUCCACUAGUCAAAAUAAAAGCUCUCGCCAAUUAUACUCAUACUGUUGAUGAACAACAAGUUGUCAUGAUGAAGAAAGAUCAGAUUUAUUUCUUGAUCAAACAAGUGGGUGAUUGGUGGGAGAUUACUGAUAAUCCUGGACCAUCGUUCUUUGUGAAGUCGAAAUGUGCUGUGAUUAUUACUCCAGAUCAUGUUUUAUCACCUGUUCGAAAGCAAAGUAUUAGGCAUGACGUGUCGUCUGCACCAGUUCAUAAGCAUCAUGCAGGACCAUUAGGUGGAGCUGAUUCUAAUGUCCCAGAAUCCGAUUACGAUACAAUUCCUGGCGACACAAUGGAUGUAAAAGCAAGACUUCGUAAAACGAUUAGUGGAGAACAAAUACGGCAUCAUGACCAUGCACCACUUAGGAAAGCACAGUCUGAAGCUGUACUUCAACACUCUAAAAUAUUAAAGCGACAACCAGCAGUCUACUAUGCAGAACAUCAAGACAGUUCUGGUAUCGCAUUAACGCCGUUGCAGAAGACAAAAGCAUUCAGAAAAAAGAGGGCUAUGUCUGUUCCAAGCCAAGACACGCAUUCUGAUCCUUUUUCAGAAGAUGAGGCCGAAAUGGAAGUUUUAAAGUCUUCAUAAUUUAAUACCAAUUGUUCAAUUGUGGUGAACUAAUUUAAAAAAAACCAAACAGAAUAACAAUAUAAUGGAAUACACUUUUUACUGUGAAUUUUUGUACAUACUUUUUGCAUACUUGGAAGUGAGAUAUUAAAAAUUGAAUAUAUAUUGCAAGUGUCCAAAAAAGCAUUGUUGUGGUUCACGUCAGGGAUAACACAACCUAACAAAAUAAGAAACCUAGCGACACCUAAAUGUUAACAUACGGCCUUUCUUCUCAUCUUGAUCCAGGUGAUGAAAUACAAUACUAUCAGUACGGCAUAAAAAAAAAUGUAAUAAUAAUGGCAAAUGAAUUCGUGGGAUAUUUGUUAUUUGUUAUUGUUAUAUUAUAAUU